AUGACAAAUCCACACUUUUGUUGUUGCUACUUUGAGUUCUGUGAAAAAGAUAGAAAAGUAGACCACAUAAUUUGUGAAAUGUUGUGUACUUGUGGUUUAUUUCAUUGUAAAGCUUCGCAUUUUUGUCGUCAUUUGCGUUGUAAUUCUAAUCGAGAGCGGAUCGUCAAGCAAGUGCUGUUCAGUUGA